GGUGUGAGGAGAAAAUUAAAAAAUAAAUUAGGAAAAGAAAUGGCAGUUACUCGAGAGAAAGAAAAUUGUUCAAGAAAAAUUAAUGGAAAUAUACCUGCCUUAUCCCUCAAUAGUGAUAAUAUGUCGACAUCUACUGAUAGUGAUGAUGUAGCAGAUCCCACAUAUGAAAUACGGAACAUUCAAAGUAUUAUUAACGUGACCCGUGAAAACAUUGACGCUUUAAAUGCAAAAUUCGCUGGUUUCCAGCAUCCCCCUUCGUUAUAUUUAUCGGAAUACCAGGAGUUGACAUCGAAGUUACACGACUUAGAGACUAGGGAGCGGACUUUACGUGAAUUGUUACAGACUGACUCGCCGGAUAGGAGUGAAGAGUGUUCUUUGCAGGAUGACUCGAAGAAGUAUGAUACCCUCACGCGGCAGCCGAAGGUGUUCCUUCGGGCGCACCUGCCGAACCAGCAGCGGACCAGCGUGCAGGUUAAAGAAGGGGUGACGUUGCGAGACGCGCUCUCCAAAGCGCUAAAACUUCGGAACUUGACGUGUGAAAUGUGUGAAGUGGUUAGGACAGGCAAUAAUCAGGUGAUACCGUGGGAUGUGGACAUAACUAGGAUUGAUGCAGAGGAGGUGACCGUGCGAACGCUGGACAAGCUGCCGAUCAUGUCGCACAUAUCGCACCAGUUCACGCGCAAGACCUUCUUCACGCUGGCCUUCUGCGAGUGCUGCCGGCGGCUGCUGUUCAACGGCUUCUACUGCUCGCAGUGCAACUUCAAGUUCCACCAGCGCUGCGCGGACAAAGUGCCUAGCAUCUGUCACCAGGUGCGGAUGACAGACACGUACUACGCGGCGCUGUUAGCGCAGAACCCAGAAAGACAGGCGGGCAUCCUGCACUUCCCGCCUCACUUUGGCUACCACCCUAUGAUGCACCGCGGCGAUCAGAAGUCUGUUUCGCCCGCCAAGAAGAUGAAGGAAUUUGAUGUGCACUGGCAACAGCACCCGCGGUCGCUGAACCAGCAGGACCGCUCCAACUCGGCGCCAAACGUCUGCAUCAACAUGGUGCAGAGGCCCAUGACGCUGCCGGAGCACCAGCCUAAAUAUAACCAGACUAGCAAUUCACCACAAUCAUCGAACUACUUAUCUUCGAGACACGCGCGCGACGACAAGGACAGAGGCGGGGGGACUUCCAACGAAGCGCACAGUCACAGCACUCAGGCAUCCCCCACGGGCACGUUACGACCGCGGCGUGCGCGCGCGCGUUCCGCCGACGAGUCGUGGAAAAACGCGCUUUCUCCGCGCGAGAGCUACGACGACUGGGUCAUACACGCGGAUGAGAUACUCAUUGGAGCUCGGAUAGGGUCGGGCAGUUUCGGGACGGUGUACAAGGCGCACUGGCACGGGCCCGUGGCCGUCAAGACGCUCAACGUCAAGACGCCCACGCCCGCCCAGCUGCAGGCCUUCAAGAACGAGGUGGCGGUGCUACGCAAGACGCGGCACUGCAACAUCCUACUAUUCAUGGGCUGCGUGUCGAAGCCGUCCCUGGCGAUCGUCACGCAGUGGUGCGAGGGCUCGUCGCUGUACCAGCACCUGCACGUGCUAGAGACACCGCUGCUGAUGCUGUACCUCCUCGACGUGGCGCGCCAGACCGCGCAGGGCAUGGACUACCUGCACGCCAAGAACAUCAUCCACAGAGACUUGAAAUCAAACAACAUUUUCCUGAGAGACGACUGGUCGGUGAAGAUUGGCGAUUUCGGUCUGGCGACCGCCAAAGUACGGUGGUCAGACACAUCAAGCGCGGGCGGCGUGCUGUGGCAGCAGCCGACGGGCUCGAUCCUGUGGAUGGCGCCCGAGGUCAUCCGCCAGGAGGAGCCCGCGCCCUACACCUUCCGCUCCGACGUCUACGCCUACGGCAUCGUGCUCUACGAGCUCAUGGCUGGAGAGCUGCCAUACGCGCACCUUAACAACAAGGACCAGAUCCUAUGGAUGGUAGGGCGCGGCCUGCUGCGGCCCGAUGCGAGACGCUUACGACAGGACGCGCCGCAAGCGCUUAAGCGUCUCUUCGACGACUGCAUCAAGUUUGACCGCGAGCAACGCCCGCUGUUCCGGCAAAUCCUGGCUUCCCUGGAGUCCAUGCUACGGGCCAUGCCCAAGAUCACCAGGAGCGCAUCUGAGCCGAACGUGAACAGGCAACUGCACGCGUCCGAUGAUUACUUGAGCUACAGCUGCGCCUCCCCGAAAACUCCCGUCAAUUUCCAGUUCAAUCCGGACACAAGCUUCCCUGCGUUUUACGGAAUCCCCGUGCCGAACCAGCGGCAUCCCUAGGGUUUGCUUCAGGGCUACGAAUAGCCCGCCCCCGCCGGCGGCGUGCCGCUCGCAUCGCCUCCGCUCGGCGCACGCGCAUUCGCAUCGUGUUCGCGCUCGCGCUCGCGUGGUCCAUAGAGGAGACCGCGUUGACCGUACCACGGCUCGGAAACCAGUUUAUUGGCCGCACCCGAAAUAUUGGCACUUGAAAACGACGAAAAUAAUUACGAGAUGAUUUCGAACAGUGCAAUUGUAAAAUGUCUCGGGCCUGAUUUUCUUGCACGCUUGAGAAAUUGGACUUUUCUCUAGAAGGAAGAAAAAUUUACUAAAAAUUGCGGAGCGACGAAAAGAAGCUGUUUGUGAUUUCUGAUUUAAAUGGGCUCCAAUGAGAAGGCAUAAAACGGCAUCAUGAGCCGCCAACAAAUGGUUCUGAGCCUUGGGACGUCAUCAGCUAUAGACUGCAGAGUGGAAUCGGUUUGAUCUGCUACGCUAUCCAGACUAAUGAACAGAGUAAUCGUUUUGUAAGUAAAAUUAUGUGAUCUGUGAAUUUAUUUCAAAUGUUUAGGCAAACAAUUUGUUUAUGUGCAAUAUGUGACAGCGUGUGCUAAAGCAUGACGCUACGCGCUAUACUGACGAUAGACUGAUGAUGUUGAGCGACACUUGUGAUAUCCUCGCGUUUGUUUCUCAUCACUUUCUUAAUUUCGUUUUCGAUAGAUUACAUUGCAAAGCGUAAAAUAACUUGUAGAAAGCCAGGACAUGUUUCAUAAAUCACCAUAUUUUGCGCUUGAUUGCACUAAAAAAAGUUUCUCUGGACGAAAUUAAAUGAGUUUACUUUGUGAAAUGGCCCUGAGCUCAACUCUGGUCGAUGCGACAUUUAUUUAUUAAUAAUACGUUAAUAAACGACUGACCUGGACGAAAUUGACGUUCUAAUAUUAUAUCGAAAUAGUAUUGAAAUAAGACUUCAUUGCUGAUUUUAUUUAUUGUUUUUUUUUAUCUCCGCACGACGUAUUCUAUUUUGAUUAUUUAAAUUAUUUAUAAUGAUGAUUUUCGUACCAACAGAGCACGAUGCCAUCGUGUAGUGCGGUCACGAUACUUAAAGAUUUGAUUUUGAUUUAUCCACCUUGAAUUUUAAAUUUACAACCGCAAUAACGAC